GAAGAUUUAUUGACAUGACAUUAUUAUUGACAUUAGCAUUUUUAAUACUUUUGUCAACGACGUCAACGUCAAAUUUGUUAAGUAGGUUGAAGUAGUAGUAAAAUUUAGUGUAAAAUUCAACAAAAAUUCGUUUUUUGAAUCCAAAUAUACUCAAAAGGCAGUUAAAAUGAUUCGUUUUAUUCUCAUACAAAAUAGGGCCGGAAAAACGAGAUUAGCAAAAUGGUACAUGAAUUUCGACGAUGACGAGAAGCAGAAACUCAUCGAAGAAGUGCACGCAGUGGUAACUGUAAGGGAUGCCAAGCACACAAAUUUUGUCGAGUUUCGCAAUUUCAAAAUAGUGUAUAGACGAUACGCCGGGUUAUAUUUCUGCAUAUGCGUGGACGUUAACGAUAAUAAUUUGAGUUAUUUAGAAGCCAUACACAAUUUCGUAGAAGUACUCAAUGAAUAUUUCCACAAUGUGUGCGAGCUAGACCUGGUAUUUAACUUCUACAAGGUCUACACGGUGGUUGAUGAAAUGUUUUUGGCUGGCGAAAUAAGGGAAACAUCACAAACGAAGGUUUUAAAGCAGUUACUCAUGUUGAAUUCCCUAGAAUAAUUGUUCUUGUUAAUGUAUUUUGUAUAUAAUCGCAAUCUGAUGGGGGAUCAUCGAGGAAAAUCAGAGGUCCUAGUUAAACUGAUUUCAGGUCAUUUUUUGUUGAGGCUUCCCGUUUUGACUAAUAAGGGUAGAUUAAACACUUACGGGACUCGUAUGUUUUUCUUUACUCAGUAUUCUGUGUUUUGUAGGCUACAGUCAAGCUAUUUAGUAUAAUGUAAAAUUUAUCCAUUAUUUGAAUUGUUUUAAGCAUAAAAUUGUGGUCCACAUGUUUAUAAUAAAAAGACAAAUCCUAGUUAUAUUUUAUCUACUCUAUUAGUUAAAAAAACUACUUUUAAAUUUAAAUUGCACUAUUGUGCUUAUUGUAAAACUUGCUGUAGUGAUAAUUUAUCUGUAGAAUGUAUUUAUUUUGCUUUGAAAGCGAAGCAAAUGAACCUGAUUUCAGUUGCAAAGAACAUUCGUCGAAUAAUACAUAUUGUAAAUUAAGUCAACAAGUAGCAGUUUCCUUUACAUUGAUAUGUAUGUUUAUUAUAUUUUAUUUGUAAUUAAAUUUAGUUACUAUAUUUUUAUUUUUUCUAUAUUUUGUAGGUAGUAUUGUUAUUCGAAUAACGAACGUACUUCUUGUUUCAUUCUAUGUGUAAUACUCAUUUAAGUUUAAAUCGACUUUUAAAGCAUAAGUAUUAGUAAUAUAAUCUAAAUCUAGAGGAACAAAAAAAUCUUAUCUAAUUAGCAAUAUAUUUUAGUUAAAUUCUGUAGUUACUCAAACGCAGUUUAACUAACUACAAAUGAACAAAUGUAAAUUAAAUAUGUACCUAUUCUUUUUUUAUUUUUUAAUAAAUUAUCGAAUGUUAUCAACUUCAAUUCCAAAACUGUGUACCUAUUUGGUUGGUAGCUGAAACUUUUUUUGAAAGUUUUUUGUUAUUAGCAAAUCAUCUAUGCAGAUUUAUAUUGUAACAAGUUUAUGUAGAUAUCGAACAAAUCCUCUGAAUUUAAUAAGUGAGCUUUAAUUUUGAAUAAACUGUCCCAGUCGGUGUAUUUCUUGAAUUCCAGCAACAACGGCAUAACGUCCAUCCAUUUUUGUAUAACAUUCUUUAAAAUCAUCAAAUGAUGAACUUCAUCAGUUCGAAAUAGUUUUAACACGUCUUCGAAAUUCGAUUGUGUACCGAUUUGUAGCCCGCCGUUAUUUAGUGUUUCUAAUAAAGUUGUUACAACAGUUUUAUCACAGGAAUCCAUAUGUUGUAGUGUUAAAUAAAUCACCGAUUUAACGAAUUUCCUUCCGGGUAAAUUACCCUCUUUGCAGAACCUGUAAUUAGUCAAGAAUUCGGCGUAAUAUCUCGCAGAAUUCGCCUUCGUGCGCAAAAUGAAAUGAUUCUCUUUCAUACUCUUUUCGUCUUUCAGCAGUUUCCAGAUGUUUUCUUUAAUUUUUCUUUUGCUGAAUUUCUUUGUACGCCUUAUUUUGGCCUUUUUGUUCGAUUUAUGUUGAGGACCUUUGAGCAGGUUUAAAUUGAAAACCUUUUUAAUUAUAUGCAUAACCAUUUGAUUAAUGGAUUGAAAGUGAAAUUUCGCGGACGUUUCAUUGACAAUUUUUUGAAUUCUUGUUUGAAAUACAACACAAUUUUACUUUGAG